AUAUGAUCGUAUGGUCCUGUCAUGGCGGAGGCAACGUGUGAGAAGUCGUACAUGCCAGCUUUGGAUAAAAAAUAACUUUUCUUUUUUCCGCCUGGGAAAUGCUCAAUUUUGAGAAAUAAGAGUCAAAUUCUGAUCGUUAUGGUACCAACUUAUACUGUUGCCAAUAAAUAUCUGCGUGGGUAACAUUUUUAGCUAAAAUACUGACAAAUAUUCUGUUGAAGCAUGCCGCACAGAAAGAAGAAAGCAUUCAUUGAGAAGAAGAAGGCUGUGACCUUUCACCUGGUCCACAGAAGCCAGAGAGAUCCAUUAGUGGCUGAUGAGAAGGCCCCUCAGCAUGUGUUGAUACCUGCCAGCAAGGUGGAAGCUGAGAAGAGGAAAGAGGAGCAGAGGCAGUUUGGUGUGUUCUUUGAUGAUGACUACAACUACCUGCAACACCUCAAGGAGCCUGUGCAGCCCACAGAGCUGGUGUGUGCCAGCCUUCCGCCGAGAGAAGGCCAAGUACUUGUCACCGAGGAUGGAAAGGUGGAGGAAGAAGAGACUGAGAUGCACACACUUCCUGCCGUUUCCAUCAAUUUGCCAUCCUCUGUUUUCGCAUCUGAGUUUGAGGAGGAAGUGGGUUUGUUGAACAAAGCAGCACCUAUAUCAGGUCCAAGGCUAGAUAUGGAUCCUGAUAUUGUGGCGGCCCUAGAUGAAGACUUUGACUAUGAUGACCCAGAGAAUGAGCUAGAAGAUGACUUCAUUCUGAAGGCCAACAAUGCUGUGGGAGAUGAAAAUGAGGAUCUCUCCCACUGCAGUGACAGCGAUGAGUGGGAGGACACAGAUGAGGAGGAGAGUGGUGAGGAAGAGGAUGAAUACAAUUCGAAUGGCCCUCUUUCAGAGGAUGGGGACCGUGCGAUGCGGGAGUUCAUGUUUGCAGAGGAGGAAACAAAGAGCCGUUUCACUGAGUACUCCCUGACCUCCUCAAUCAUGAGAAGGAACGAGCAGCUCACCCUCCUUGAUGACCGCUUUGAAAAGUUUUUUGAGCAGUUUGACGAUGACGAGAUUGGGGCCCUGGACAAUGCGGAGCUAGAAGGUUUCAUAGACCCCAACAGCAUUCGUCUGGAGGAAGUCAUUAAAGAUUACUACAUACAGAAGGCGAAAGAAUACCAGAAGCCUGAUGACUUGGGUCCAAAAGCACUUCCUGCUGUGAAUGAAGAGGAGGAGGAAGAGAAACCAGAGAUAGAGACUAUACUUAUCGAGGAGCCACCCACAGAGAAAUGGGACUGUGAAACUGUACUCAGCACCUACUCAAACCUGUAUAACCAUCCAAAGCUUAUCCAAGAUCCACCUAAGCCGAAGCCUAUCAAAGUGUCCAGCAAGACGGGGAUCCCAAAGGACGUUCUGCCAGAGAGAGGCCUCACAGCCAAGCAGGCCGAGCGCAUGGAGAGGAUCAACGACCUGGACCUCCCCCGUGUCUCCACGCAGCCGCGACCCAAGGAGGAGGACAAGGAGGCGAGGAAGGCCAGGAAACAGGCCAUCAAGGAGGAGCGGAAGGAAAGGAGAGGUGAAAAGAAAGCCAAUAAGAUGGCAUUCAAGCAAGAGAAAACCCGGCAGGAGAGGGAACAGAUGAACCUUCGGAGCAACAUGCAAGGCCUCAAACUGUCCUAGCCUCUGCUUUGCCUAAACAGCCACCCAUCUCUUACCCUGACUGAGAACAGCUUUCAACUGAGGACACUGGCACACCUUACUGCUGGAACCCACCUAGCUGUCUUCAAACCACGUAGGGGAGGUCCCAGACAUCACCGCAAGUGUAAUUCUGGAUGCUCCUCGCUCAUCUCUAUGGCGGACCAAAAAUGCCAAAAUUAAAAAAUAAAUGACUCUAUUAAUAAAUAUGAAUGCAAGAAACAAUAUACAUUCCUGUACUUAUUUCUUGAUUCAAAUAUUUAUUUCCUUAUUUCUUUGUCGAUAUGAUAAUGAGGGGGGCGCAGCUAUUACAUUCAGGCAUAGAAAUCCUGCAGUUUGUUUGAGACCGAGAGGGCAGUUCUGAGUGUUCAACUUGAAAUACGAAAUACACUGUGCAAACUCCAGUGCAAUCGCCUAAGAAUUCCAUGUUACAUUUGGCCCUGCUCUGCCCUACUAACGUAGUCAAAGCAACCAGGUGUUGAAGCACAGCAUGUACAGUUGAUCGGCGCACUCUUGUAUCAAUCAACCAAUGGGAAUAAGUUGACACCAUUACGUACUUUGAUUGACAGCCCCCUCAUUAUUAAGGACAAGGAAAUACAAAAAUAAAUACAGAAAUGAAUGACAGGAAAUAAAUAUAGGGAAAUAGGCAAAAUAAUUCAGAAAUACCCAUUUGUCAUAUUUUUUUUUUUUUUUUUUAGAUUUUCUUGCGUUCCAUAUUUACUUACUAAUUUAUCAAGUCUUUUAAUUAAUUUGGCAUUUUUGGUCCUCCAUACAGCUCACCUGGAAGUGUUCGAUGCAUGUAUAUAUCUGGCCACUGUGCCAUUUUUAAGCCUGAUUUUUGUACUGCAUUUCCAGGAGGUUUUCAUUGUUGACAGCCAGGUUUGUUGGGCCAGAAAACUUUCUAGAAAUCUGGAAUUUAAAGAAAUAUUUGUCGCUCUCUGGACUCUAAUUUUAUUGUGAAUACUUUCUCGGGCUUUGAAAUGUGACUGGAUAUUUGGUCAUCCACAGAAUCCUCUUGCAAAAGGAGAUGAACUGACACUCAUUAACAUACUGAAGCAAUUACAUACAGAUCAGUGGAUUUCUCAAUGUUACUCGUAAUACAAUGAGCUUUAUUUGCAUUUUUGCAGUGGAAAAUAAAGUAUGUGAAGGUGAAA